AUGUUUACCGCCCUUUUCCGACUAGAUGGUGGUGGCGUGUGUGCGAAAUUCCCAGGACCCCUCACACUCUCUUUCGACGAGUUCCUCGGCCUUAGCUGCGACGCAUGCGAUCUCACCAGAUACCGGAUCGACGACAACGACCAGAUAAAGAUCGGUAUCUCUGCUUGGAACAUUGGCAAGAUGGUCGUGUUCAGCGGCCCGUACAGAGAGAUGAUUUGGCUGACCUUGAUGGAGUUGGUCGCGCUGAUUCCGCAGUCGAAAGUGAUGGUGUAUUUUCGCGACACUGUCUUGCUCUAG